CUUCAGAUGCACCACCACCACCACCACCUGCAACAACACCAGCAACAACACCAACAACAUCACCAGCACCACGGCGGCAACAACAACGUGUCCGGCUCGUUCACCGUCAUGCAGAACAGCGCCGGAUUCGUCGGGCAGAUGGGCGGGAUGGCCGGGGGGCAGCACGGCGGACCAGGAGGCGGCGGUGGUUACGCCGGAGGCUAUUCCGUCGACAAGCUUCCGCCGAUGGCCUUGUCACCUCCGCCGCAGCAGCACGGCCACUACGGCCAGCACCACUCGGUGGUGGUGGCCGGACUCCACCAGACGUCGCCGCUGUCGCCGUCGUACGGGACGGGCGGCCACCAGCAGAACAACGGCCUGCACUCGCCCAGCAAAUCGCUGGACUCGCCCACCGGUUACGACUACACCAUCCGCGGCGGAGGCGGAAGCAGCAACGGAUGCCUGGGCCCGGCCCAGCACAGUCCCGGCGGCCCGUUGAGUCCGCAAUCGCACAGUUCGCUCCAUUCACCUCCGCACGCCGGAUACAGCGUCCUGAGUCAAGUGGCCAUGAACGGGCUGGCCGGCCCGGGUGGGCCGCUCAGUCCGCCACCUCAGCAACUGUCGCCGCAACAACACGGACAUCAGUCCCAGCAGCACGGCGGCCAGCAGCAGAUGAGUCCAACACCUCCGCCCGGAUUGAGCCUGAUGGAACGGAUGGAGCGGAUGGAGCGGAUGAGAGACGCCAUGCCACAAUCGCCUUCGCCGCCGCUGGGCGUUUCGCUCUCACGCGACGCCAUGAUCAGUUCCAUGGGCGGAGGGACUAUCCACCUGGCCAGCUCCAGUCAAAUCCACCUGGCCGGCCACUCGCAACAACAACAACAACAACAAUUCGGACCGGGCUCGGUGGGUGCGACAGCGUCCAAACAUUCACCGCCGUCGUCCAUCUCGACCAGCAGUCCCAGCAACGGCGGAGGUGGCGGCGGAGGUGGCGGAGGCGUCGGAGGUGGAGGAGGCGGAGGUGGUGGUAGCAACAACAGCAGCAACAACGGAGCCGAGCUGGAAGAGAUCAACACCAAAGAAUUGGCGGCCCGGAUUUCGGCCGAAUUGAAGCGGUACAGCAUCCCGCAGGCCAUUUUCGCCCAGAGGGUCCUGUGCCGGUCGCAGGGCACCUUGUCCGACCUGCUGCGCAACCCCAAGCCAUGGUCGAAGCUCAAAUCCGGCCGGGAAACCUUCCGCCGCAUGUGGAAGUGGCUCCAAGAACCGGAAUUCCAGCGCAUGUCGGCACUCCGCUUGGCCGUUGGAGGACAUGCCCAGCAACACACGCCGCCGUUCGGGGAGCCACCCACAGUUGCAGUUGUUUGCAAGCGCAAAGAAGAGCAACCACCGCCACCGGAGCAACCAUCACCAAAGAAGCCUCGUCUGGUUUUUACCGAUUUGCAACGGCGAACACUCCAGGCCAUUUUCAAAGAAACGAAACGACCGUCUAAAGAAAUGCAAGUGACGAUAGCCAAGCAAUUGGGGUUGGAGCCGACGACGGUGGGCAAUUUCUUCAUGAACGCCCGGCGUCGCUCGAUGGACAAGUGGAAAGACGAGGACGGUGGGGCCAAAUCGCCGGGCACGAGCAGCAUGGGCGACGUGGACGGCUGCGACGUCGACGGGGCCGGCUCGGUCAGCAUGUGCGGCAGCCCGUCGCCGGCCUCGUCGCCCACCGGGGCCGGCGGCGGCGACCCGCACGGCGGUCACGUCAUCAGUCACGGAUCCCUGCACCACUCGCUGGCCACCGACGCCUUAUGACAACAACAGAACCAGCACCACCUGAUCGCAUUCGGCCAGUAACAAGUUACAAAAAAAAAACAUUUUCAAACAAAUUAAUAAUAAAUAUACCCCCUCAACUUCCCAAACAAAAAACCAAACAUAUGGACACACACCGACGGCUACCUCGACGUUCAAAUAAGCUCCCCUCUCAUCUCUGCUCCCAAUGAAAAACUUGCGCGGGAAAAACAAAAUAACGUUCAAAUAUUUUCUAGUCGUGAAACCUAAAAGAAACCAACCGAGUCAAAAAGCCGUUGAGGUUUCAAACUUAUCAACUGAAUGAUCUCUCUCGCUAUUAGAUUUAACGAUGAUAUCAAUACUGCUGCAAAAGAAAGAAAAACAAGUGCUAGUCAAAAUGAAUGCAAAAUGAUUUUUGUGUUUUUUACCCCACGAAAAUUUCAUUUUCCCGCCAUUUCGUCAUUUGCAUUCUAUCAAACACGAGUUCUUUUUUUAAAAAAUCCUGCAUUCCACACAUCAAUAGUCGAAAGGUGCCGGCCCUAAUUAUAAUCAUUUACCAGUGAUCUCAUGUCGAAUGGUAUAUCAAUUCGCCCACAUCUUUAGUCAUUCCGAACAACAAACAAAAAAAAAGAAAUAACAAUUUGAUCUCUUAAUAUCUAAACCAUUCCAUAUAAUAAAUUGAAUAGUCAUUUUUCAUUAUUAUUAUCGAUCCUCCCCAGUCCAAACCCCCUUCUAUACAUAAACAAAUUAAGGAAACCCGUGCGUGUGCUGUGCUGUGUGUUGUGUGUGUUUUGGGGGUAUGUCACAAUCGCUCAAGGAUCGUGCGCGUCCACACAAAAAAAAAACGAUUUCGGGGAGAUUCACGAAAAGAAAUGAGAACAAAAAAGUUAUUUCGCGUCAAAUUCAAAAAUUGAAAAAAUUCAAGUCUAAAUUAUAUACAGGCCUAUAUAUUACUGUAUGCCGUAUAUAUCGUGCUGAGCAGAAGAGCGACCAACCGGAGAAUGGGGGAAGAAAAAACCAUCACAAAAUUUGAAAAAAAAAAUAGUCCAUAUGAUAUAAUAUAUAGCCUCUAGUCCUUAAUAUAUAUUAUAUAAACUCUUGUCAGCCAGUUUUAUAUAAUAGACCUAAAAAUCUAUAAGUCGGCGAUUGAUGGCAAAGAAAAAUGGCAGCCGUUCGUCUCUCCCGAGAACUCCCGCGGGUUGAUAUAAAUAUAAAUAUACAUUCGUUUUUUUUUUUAAAUUAAAAGAAACACACACACCCACACACACACCCACCUGGUCUUAAUAUAUAUAUAUAUAAUCGAGAUUAUCCUCCACAUCACAUCAUCAUUAGAUAAUCUAUUGCUCCCCCCACCACCACCACCUUUUUCGACAACACACAUCACUCUAAAAAAAUCAUCACUCGUGUCUAUGUGUAUAACUAAUAAUCCCGAUCAUUUUUUGAUUCGCGCCGAUUUUUCAUUUGAAAAAAAAAAGGCGGGAAGCCGGCGUAUGUAUGAAUUGUGCAGUGUAUUCAAAAUAACUUCUCUCUAUAGUUUAAUUUCCCCGAGAAAAUAAUGCGGUAUUAUUCAAUUAUAAUAGCCUUUCCCUGUUCGAAUCAAACACGCUCUUUUCUCUUCUUCUUAUUUCUUCUUUUUCGUUUCAUUUCCUUUUGUAUACAAAAACCCAAAUAUUUCCCAUCGGUGCGUGUCCGUGGCUAUAUAUUUCUCGUCGCAUUCCAUCAUGUACAUUUUUACAAGAAAAACAAAAAUUUCGAUUUAGAAAAAAAAAAAAAAAAAAAAAAAAAUUCCCGACCGGUCAC